GACAGACUUAGGCAACUUGCCCACUGCCGCUUUGCCUUUGGGCGUCCCCAGGCCCCUGGAGAGCCCCCAACCCUGCUCCCGCCCAGCUGGCCUCCCGUAAGCACAGAAGAAUGUCGGCCUGCUACCGUCCGCCAGGGAACGAGACGCUGCUGAGCUGGAAGACCUCGCGGGCCACGGGGACGGCCUUCCUGCUGCUGGCGGCGCUGCUGGGGCUGCCCGGCAAUGGCUUCGUGGUGUGGAGCCUGGCCGGCUGGCGGUCCGCGCGAGGGCGCCCCCUGGCGGCCACGCUCGUGCUGCACCUGGCGCUGGCCGACGGCGCGGUGCUGCUGCUCACGCCGCUCUUCGUGGCCUUCCUGACCCGGCAGGCCUGGCCGCUGGGCCAGGCGGGCUGCAAGGUCGUGUACUACGUGUGCGCGCUCAGCAUGUACGCCAGCGUGCUGCUCACCGGCCUGCUCAGCCUGCAGCGCUGCCUCGCCGUCACGCGCCCCUUCCUGGCGCCCCGGCUACGCAGCCCGGCCCUGGCCCGCCGCCUGCUGCUGGCCGUCUGGCUGGCCGCCCUGGUGCUCGCCACCCCGGCGGCCGUCUACCGUCACCUCGGGGCGGACCGUGUGUGCCAGCUGUGCCACCCGUCGGCCGCCCACGCCGCCGCCCACCUGAGCCUGGAGACUCUGACCGCCUUCGUGCUGCCCUUCGGGCUGGUGCUCGGUUGCUACGGCGUGACGCUGGCGCGGCUGCGGGGCGGCCGCUGGGGCGCCGGGCGGCGCGUGACGCGGGUGGGCCGGCUGGUGGGAGCCAUCGUGCUGGCCUUCGGCCUGCUCUGGGCCCCCUACCACGCCGUCAACGUGCUGCAGGCGCUCGCCGCGCUGGCUCCGCCCGAAGGGGCCUUCGCCAGGCUGGGCGGGGCGGGCCAGGCGGCGCGAGCCGGAACCACGGCUCUGGCCUUCUUCAGCUCCAGCGUCAACCCGGUGCUCUACCUCUUCACCGCCGGCGAUCUCCUGCCCCGGGCGGGUCCCCGCUUCCUCUUGCGGCUCUUUGAGGGCUCCGGAGAGGCCCGAGGGGGCGGCCGCUCUAGGGAGGGGACCUUGGAGCUCCGAGCUACCCCUCGGCUCAAAGUGGUGGGGCAGGGCGGCGGCAAUGGAGACCCUGGGGGCGGGGCGCAGAAGGAUAGUCGGGGUUGGGACCCUUGACGUCAGACCCUACCACCAGGCCUGCUCUUCC